UAAAAACAAAAAACUUGGGAGAACCGGAGGGUUCACAAAGCCCCAUUCAACAAUGCACUGUUUGCACUUUUGAGGUUUCCUCCAAACGACAGCGUGCCCCAUAAUCAAAAUAGAAUAAAUUGAACUUUUGUGGUUGUGUGGAUCAAGAUCGAAGAGAAAUCCAACAUGGGGUUCUUAGUUACGACCCUAAUUUUCGCUGUGAUUGGGAUCAUUGCGUCCUUAUGUACCAGAAUUUGCUGCAACAGAGGACCCUCUGCUAAUUUGUUCCAUCUAACAUUGGUUAUUACAGCGACGAUCUGCUGUUGGAUGAUGUGGGCAAUUGUAUAUCUUGCACAAAUGAAACCUCUCAUAGUCCCUAUUCUAAAUGAAGGAGAGUGAAGUUGCAUUUCGAAAAGCAUAUAUAUCGCCUCAUUUGGUUACUUCCCGCUGGGAUGAUGGAGUCUCCGGAGAACAAGUUUUAGUCCAGUUGACUAUUUUAGUAUCGUCUGGUGUUGGAUUUGUAUGUAAAUGUUGGAGUUUAAACGUCGAAUUUGUUUGGAAUUGUUAUACGUACCCUCAUUCAUUUUAGAAUUCACUGUCAGACAUUCAAAAGCGGAUAAAUGUGAGUUAAUUGGAAUAAGUUAUAGCCAAGUCUCCAUUGUUAUGAAUUUUGAACUAGCUUCCGCACUGGAUUCUUUAUGUGAUACCUUCAAGUUUAUGCCCA